AUGGACAGCGUGCUGUUGUAUGGACCAGUGGUCGGCACUGGCGCUGCUCCGGCGCAAGUUUCUCCGGAGGUUGCACAGCACGUUGAAAAUGGCUUAAAAUCGAGGGGGGCUGCACCUCCGCCGGUCUACCGCAGAAAAAAGGCGCCUCCCCACCAGUCCGCUCGUCUCAUCAUCACUGUGGCCAUUGCAGCUUUUGCUCUUUUUAUUCGGAGGUGCGUAGCUUCUCUGGCUAAGUCGCGUGCUGCGGCAUCGCGUAGGUCGCUGGCCGACGGGGAUGAUGACUUCCAACAGUGCGUUGGUCCAAGUUUCCCGUCUCGUCAUAAACCGGCCGUUGCUUCAUCGGGUAUGGACCCAGUGAUGUACCAGAGGCUUCGAAACGUAUUGCUGCUGCAGGAGAGAGCGAUUGGGUCGAUUUGGCGAGCAUUUCCUCGGUUGAUAUCUCCUGACGUCGUCAAGUUCCUAAAUGUCGUUGUCGUAUAUUACACGUUUGAACAAACUUUACUAUCUGCAUUCCUUCCUGAUCAGUUGGAGAGACUGAGAAGGGAUGCGGCAGCUCAGCUCCUUAGCUUGGCGAGGAUUCCGGAAGCAGUGUACUGCCUUAAUGAGCUGCAAGUGACUGCAGGGCAGUCGCUCCUUUUUGGUUGGGAGGGUGUCAAGAAAGCUGCUGAAUGUGGUCCGUUACCUGACACCCAAGGCCAAAUUGACGAAGUGAAGAAAGAGGUGCACAGGAAACAAGAAUUCGCCGUUCGUGGCAAGCAUUGA